AUGCCUUCAAUCAGUGAAAACCGACAACGGGAGAGCGGUUUCUUUCAACUUCCAAACGCUAUCAUUUUACGAAUCUUAGAUCUUCUGUUACCGGAAGAGCUUAGUCAGGUCGUUAAAAGUAGUCGUAAGCUUCAUAGGCUGGCAAUCAAUCCUGAUCUUUGGGAGAAAUUCUAUUUAUGCUUUUGGAAGGAGGAAAAUCAAGAUCGAGCUGAGUAUAACUUGCUCUCUGACUGGAGAAACAUAAAAAGGAUUCGUUGUUUGCGCAUAACCGCCGAAGAAGUCUGGCGCAAUAACCGUGAUACAACAACAGACUGUGAGCAUGUACCAUUUCCGAUGUUGCUUUGUUCGAGAUCAGCGUCAAUCGUACCCGGAUUUCUCGAGCAACCAGAUUUUUAUAAACUGUUUUGUGAGCGUAUGCGAAUCGAUCAAGUUGUUUUACAAAUAAUCAGGGAAGCAUCUCUACACCCAACUAUUUGGCCUGAAGAAGUGCAAGGCGUAGUGAAGGAGUUCGGGAACGAGGUAAAGGAUGUGCUUGUUGCUUUAAUUACUGCUCAAAAGAGGUUUGAUGAGCGUACAGGGAUUUUCAUUGAAUUCAACGAUGAUAUUGCCCUUGAAGACGUUCUUGGAUUCCCCUCGGCUUUACAAGUACGAAAGCCCUCAACAAGCAGAUCAAUUAGUCAUCACUUGGUUUUGUUGCAAAUUAGUGAAGAAUUGCUAGCAUAUUUACGAAAGGAACAAGCAUUUUAUGGAAUUGAACGACUAAGAUUAAAGCUUUGGCAAAUGGAAGAAGUGCAAGAAAAUCGUAAACCUUCGUGGACCGAAUUUAGCUCUACCCAGCAAAUACCUGAUGAUCAAAUGCCAUUACACCUGAAAACCGCCAAAAGGAUAGAGAAUGGUCUUUCAUUCUUGUCUAUGCUCAAUUCAGGUGAAGGUCAUGAAAUUGCAAAUGAAAUGGACAUGCUAGCAGUCUCAUGUUCGCUUUUUCUGCGAAAAGAGGGUAUUCCGCAUACUUCAAAAGACACAGCAAACGGUAUAUACAAAUUUAUGCUGCAAAACAGUUUUCGAUGUGCAAGCGGAGCAGAUAGGUUAGAGUUGAACAAAACGUUCUUGCAUUUCUCCUUGGAUGAAUCUGGUAGAGAAUGUCAAGCUUUGAUUUUUGCUGUUAUCUUUAGCUCUCUUUCAUGGAGAAUUGGUUUAUCUGCUAUUCCCGUUAGUACACCAAUAGGACCAAUGCUUGCCAUUUACAACUCAGAUUCACAAAGGGAAGAAUUUUCGAACAACUUUUAUUGGCUCAGCAUUUUGGAGGGUGGCGUCAUUUAUCAAACCCAUCAGAUAAAGCAAAAAUUUGGGUUAAGGCAGCUAAUUUAUAGGUUUCCGCAAAUGGCAAGGGUUUAUGCCAUGACACCCAUGGAAUGCUGUCUUGAAAUGAUAUACAAUGUCCAACGCAGCUGUUCCCGCAAAUCUGAAUCUAAAGCUGGAAGCACAUACGUCAAAUCUGAUACAAUUGAAGUCACAGAUAUUGAACAAGACGUUCCAUUCGGUGACUAUGUUCAUCUUCAAUUUGAGAACGCUCUACUAAGGCACGAUAAUGGUUUUAAUCCUCGGACGACGUUUUACAACACAUAUGACCGGCAAGUGUAUCUUACUUCAUCCGUUUAUCCAGCCCCUAUACAGCCUGCAAGGUCGAUUUUAAGAAACCUUCAAAGUGGAAAGCGUUUAGCAAGUGCCGGUAGACAUUUACGGUUCUUUACACGUUUACCAGAUCUUUCGCAGACCGUUAGGAGUUUUAAAGUGGCAGAAAGUGUCAUAAUGCAUACAGGCCACUCUAUCGAUUGGAAAUCAUUGUGUAACUUUGGUGAACACGAAGACACUUCAGAUAUUAUGCAACCGAAAAUUCACUCAGGCACGGAAAGACAUCUACAUGAAGGCUGGUACAAAGGUAAAGAUGCAUAUCCUAUUGGUGCAAUUAUUGUACAUUGGAAGGACGGCUUCGCUGCCGUUAUUGUUGACUGCUUUGAAAGGAAUACUUACAAUUUUAGUAGAAAUAGGCCCGCUAUAGAUUUUUGGAUCACAGAGAAAAAAGAGACCAAUCAACAUAUCUAUAAGGUCAUUUCCGCAAAUGGAACAGUCUUUCUUAUAGCUCAUGAAGAUGCAUAUCCUGCCGCAGCUUCUUUAUCCAUGCUGAAAGCAGGAGAUAAACCUUCAAGCAGUACGCACAAGGCAUCUUUAUCAUCGAGACAGAUCGAAAACUUACUCAGAGCUAGACAAUUCGGUUACACUUUUCGAUGUAUAGCUGCUCAAAAUGAUGGGAGCGGAUUGCGUCUAAUUAAGCACACAAAUCCACCCAAAGUUUUUCCCAGUCAAGAUCCACAACAUGAAGUUCGAGAAAAUCCAGAGAUAAAACGCUUUACUACAGACGAUCUCGAAUAUGGACAAACACAAAUUUUUCCUGAAACAACUCGAGAAAACGCAGAAAAUUCUCGACAGGAGAAUACCUCUAACGUAAGCGAAGUGAUUGCACAUCACAACAACGGUCGCGAUCGAAAUUUCUCUUACUUUCAUAGGCUCGAAUCGCAACCAGCUGACGAGGCUAAUUCCCAGCGUGAGAACUUUCUCACAAGUUUUCUAGAAACUACAAGAAAUACAAGAAUGUCUCAACAGGGGAACACUUCCAAUAAAUAUAAAGUGAUCGCACAUCACAACAACAUUCCCGAUCAAAACUUCCCUUACAUUCAUAAGUUCGAAUCGCAAGCAGCUGACGAGGCUAAUUUCGAGCUUGAAAAUGUGUAUAAAGAAGCCUUAAAAUCUGCUUGUACGCCUUUCUGA